CCCGCGGGCGGCACAAGGCGGCGCGGCGGGCGGCGGGCGCGGACGGCUCGGGUCUGCUCGGCUCGGCGCGACAUAGCACGGCUUUCCUUGCCUUGGCUCGCCUUGGUUUGCCUUAGGCUUGGCUUAUCUCGGCUCCGGAUUGCACAGCCCCGCACGGAGAGCCACCAUGCCCGUCUCCAGAAUGCGCAUGAGGCCCUGGCUGGAAAUGCAGAUUAACUCCAAUCAAAUCCCGGGACUGAUAUGGAUUAACAAGGAUAAGAUGAUGUUUCAAAUCCCCUGGAAACAUGCAGCUAAGCAUGGCUGGGACAUGGAGAAAGAUGCCUGCCUUUUCCGGAGCUGGGCCAUUCACACAGGAAGGUACAAAGUUGGUGAGAAAGACCCUGACCCGAAAACCUGGAAGGCCAACUUCCGCUGCGCUAUGAACUCGCUGCCUGACAUCGAAGAAGUGAAGGACAAAAGCAUCAACAAAGGCUCCAGCGCUGUUAGAGUUUACAGGAUGCUGCCCCCCUUGACGAAGGAUCAGAAGAAAGAAAGGAAGUCAAAGUCUUCAAGAGAAGCAAGAAGCAGGAGCAAGAGAAAGCCGUAUGAAGACAUGAGGACGGAGGAGUCAGCAGAAAGACUAACCAACACUCCUCCGGCAGAUGACCACAGUGGCUACACCGUUCAUGACUACACGGGACAGGAAGUGGAGGUGGAGAGCGCGUCCAUCACCUUAGACAUCUCCCCGUGCGAGGUGACCGGCUCCCUCACCGACUGGAGGACGCCGAUGGAAAUCGCCAUGGCUGACAGCACCAACGACCUCUACCAGCUCCAGGUGUCCCCCCCGGGUUCGUCCUCGGAAGUCACAGAUGAAGAUGAAGAUGAAAUGAAAACUGAUAUUUUUAAGCUGCUCGAACCAGGACAGGACUGGCACACGACCAGCGUCGGGGGGAAAGGCUUCCUCACUAACGAGCCAGGCACGCAGACCAUGUGCAGCACGUACAGCUACAAGGACCAGGAUGGCGAGAUCGACACGUCUUCGGGGGAGAUGGAGUUCCGCAUGUUCGACCAGAAGAGCAGCCUGGACUUCUCUUGGCUGGAGACAGUGAGACCCAUGCAAACCAUCUCCUGUGGCUUGUAAACCCCCGGCUCCCGCAGGCUGUGGACUGCUUUCGUGUAGAGACUACAACCCUGGAGAGAACCCUUUGUUACUGACUGGAAGAAGACAGUAGCUGUUAUAUUCCGUUUUAACUUGUAGGCCUGAAAAAGUUAGCGAGAAAAACGCCGUCACAAGCAGAGGAAUCCCAUCCCGGUGGCGGGACCGCUGUGCCCAAGGCGAACGGCCCGGCCCCGGCACCCCGAGGCUGAGCUUG